AUGUCAGGCGCAGACAAAGACGAUAAGAAGAAGAGCAGCAGCAGUGGUAGUAGCACAUCAAAGAGGAAUAAGAAGAAGAGAUCAAGUUCAACAUCAUCAAGCGAUAGUGAUAGUAGUGAUAGUAGCGAUAGUGAUAGCAGUGACAGCAGCAGUGAUAGCGAUAGCAGUGAUAGUGACAGCGAUAGUGACAGCAGUGACAGCAGCAGUGAUGUCUCAUCAGACAGCAGUGCCGACAAGAAGGAGAAGAAGCGUAAGAGAAGAGAUUGA